AGCCGGCUGCCUCUCUGCUGCGAACAGGCGGAUUAACCAGCCAGAGGCCCGGCACAAACACUUGGCGCAGCAGACCAGCCCGGGCAGCCAUGGCCACCUGCCACUGCUCGGAGCCGGCGCAAUGCCUCCACCGGGCCCUGCUCGCGCCGUACCCCAGGCUGCAGGACCGCAAGAGGACCAAGGUGCCCGCCGGCGAUGGCGUUCUGGCCGAGGUGGCCUCCAUCCUCUGCCUCACGGCGCCGAUCGUCGGCGCGGGGAUCCUCCUCUACCUGCGCUCCCUCGUGUCGAUGGUGUUUCUUGGCCGCCUCGGCCAGCUCCCGCUCGCCGGCGGCUCCCUCGCGCUCGGCUUCGCCAACAUCACCGGCUACUCCGUGCUCUCCGGCCUCGCCGGCGGCAUGGACCCCGUCUGCGGCCAGGCCUUCGGCGCCGGCCGGACGGACCUCCUCCGCGCGGCGCUCCGCCGCACCGUCGUGCUGCUCCUCCUCGCGUCCGUCCCCAUCAGCGUGCUCUGGGUCGCCAUGCACCGCGUCCUCGUCGCCACUGGCCAGGACCCGGACAUCGCCUCCACGGCGUACGCCUACAUCCUCUGCUCCCUCCCCGACCUCGCCGUGCAGUCAUUUCUCCACCCGCUCCGCAUUUACCUCCGCGCGCAGUCCGUCACGCUCCCGCUCACCUACGCGGCGGCGGCCGCCGUGCUCCUCCACGUGCCCAUCAACUUCGUCCUCGUGGACGUGCUCGGUCUCGGCAUCCGCGGCGUCGCCCUCGGCGCCGUCUGCACCAACCUGAAUUUCCUGCUGUUCAUCGUGGCGUACGUGUGCUUCUUCGGAAUGUACGGCCACGACGAGGGCGAGACGAAAGCGUCCGUGGCGGCGGCCGAGGAGGAGGGCGCCAAGGAGUGGUGGACCUUGGUGAGGUUGUCCGUGCACAGCUGCAUGUCGGUCUGCUUGGAGUGGUGGUGGUACGAGAUCAUGGUGCUCCUCUGCGGCGUGCUCGCCGACCCAAAGGCGGCGGUGGCGGCCAUGGGGGUGCUGAUCCAGACCACAUCGCUCAUAUACAUCUUCCCGCACUCCCUCGGCUGCGCGGUGUCCACGCGCGUCGGCCACGAGCUCGGCGCCCGCCGGCCAGAACGUGCGCGCCUCGUGGCGCGCGUCGGGCUCGGUCUCGGCGCGGUGCUAGGCCUCGUGGCAUGCGCAUUCGCGGUGUCCGUGCGGGGCGUGUGGGCGCGGAUGUUCACCGCGGACGAUGCCAUCCUGCGGCUCACGGCCGCGGCGCUGCCGCUGCUGGGGUUGGCCGAGCUGGGCAAUUGCCCGCAGACGACAGGGUGCGGCGUGCUGCGCGGCAGCGCGCGCCCCGAGAAGGCGGCGAGGAUCAACGUCUCGGCGUUCUACGGCGUGGGCAUGCCCGUGGCGCUGCUGCUGGCAUUCCGGCCAGGGCGGCUCGACUUCCGCGGGAUGUGGGGCGGCAUGCUGGCCGCGCAGCUGGUGUGCGCCGCGCUGAUGCUGCGCGCCGUGGUGGCGACGGACUGGGAGGAGCAGACGGAGCGCGCGCGCGAGCUCACCGGCGGCAAUGCCGGCGAUGUUGUGGACGGCGGCAAGAGAAAGCAUGCAGAAGCGGCCAAAGCAGAUGCCGACAACUCAUCGCUCGUGCUGGCCGACUGUGUGUAGCGGACGACGGGCAUCGAUUCUUGGAUCAUUUGAAUCCUCGAUUGAUUCUUUUAGCUAUAGGAAUUUUUUUCUCUAGUUUUGUAAUUUACUCAACUUUUUUGGGGGAUUCCAAGCAAUGACAAGCUGCGAUCUCCUUACAUCUUAGCUUCUUUCCCCCCUCUUUGGAUUGAGGGCUUGAAGAGCCGAGAGUGUUUACAGUGAAGAGAGUAGCCGGUGUACAAAUUAAACGUAGCCACUGGCCAGCGUUGCCUGCAGAUUUGACAGCAAUGCCAAACAAUCUCUUUUAAUUUCCCUUUUUAUUUUCCCGCGGUGAUCUCUAAUAGUAGGACCUGAGUCUGCUGAUCUUAGUUAUUAAUGGAUUUAUUUUCUUGGUGCAA